AUGAAGUUCUUCACUAUUGUUGCCCUCCUCUCGGCUACAUUGUUCGUCAUUUCUUUCGGUCAGGAAAACGUAACAAUUCCCGAAGCUCCUGCUGGCGGUGGUGCGGGUGUUUCUGGCAGUCCUGGCGAUGCUGCACCUGCUGGUCAAUCCACCAUCGCGAAAGCCGAAGCGGGUUCGACUAAUGCACCUGAAGCGACCACAACUAAAUCGGCAAACACUAUUCUCGGAUUUUCUCUCAUCACUGUCGCCUUGGCGGUUUUGGCACAUUAA